AUGAAACCGAAUGACAAGAAAGAGUUUCUAAAGUUUGUAUCGUUUGUAAAGUUUCCCGAUGGGUAUGCUUCUAAUAUCGCACAUUGCGUGAAUGUUGACGGGGGAAAAUUUACUGACUUGAGAGCCAUGGCUGUCAUGUGUUUAUGCAACGCCUACUUCCUGUGGGUAUUCGACACCUAUUGCUGGAAGAUGUAG